CUGCGCGUGCGUGCAGCUAAGGUGCGCCCCGGGCGGCCGUUAAAAAUGGCGACUGUCGCUGAGUUAAAGGCUGUUUGUUUAUCUCUCUGGAGCAGAGGUGGUUAGCCACACUCAAAGCCAUCUGCAAUGACAAACACCCUUGAAAAUAUGAUAGACUGUGGAGUGAGCUCAGGUCCUGUUUUAAAGGACACCUUGGAAAAGAAGGGGGUGCUAGGACAUUUAAAAGCAAGGAUCCGAGCUGAAGUAUUCAAUGCCCUGGAUGACGAUCGUGAACCUCGACCAUCACUGUCUCAUGAAAACCUUUUAAUUAAUGAAUUAAUUCGGGAAUAUUUAGAAUUCAACAAAUAUAAGUACACAUCAUCGGUCCUCAUAGCAGAAUCUGGUCAACCUGUAGUUCCACUGGACAGACAGUUUCUCAUCCGUGAACUAAAUGCCUUUGAAGAAUCAAAGGAUAGCACAAUGCCUCUUUUAUAUGGAAUUUUAGCUCACUUCUUGCAUGGCAACAAGGAUGGCAUUCAAAACACAUUCCUGAAAGAAUCUUCACUUCAGCCUCCAAACCCAAAUCUUGGCAGACAGCCUAAUGGAAGAAAUCAAGCAGAUGGUCACCUGGGAAAGGAAAAGGGGACAAGCACCAGUACUGAAGAGCUUCAUGUUUCCCAAACAGUGAAGAGAUGACACGUCCAUGAGGGGCAUCUUUCAUCUUAACAUUAUGUGUAUUGAAUACCUUAUUUAUUAUCUCAAUGUUAGCAAUAUGCACUAUUAUUUCUAUUUUGUAGAAAUUUGCAUUUCUGCAAAACACUUAGACCCCCAUGUUUAACUGCAUUUGUGAAUAAAAGCUGUCAUCUGCCUUAUUGGAUGUGACUGAAAAGAAAAUACAUUGUUUUAGGAACUAUUUUAAAGAUCUUUAAGUUUCAAUAAUCUGUACAUUCUUCAAAAAAAGAUUUUUAUCCAUAUGUUCUGUUCUUUGACAUGGCAUAUUAGUUAAAUUUUCUUCAACUGGCAUUGUGUGGAUUUGUAGGAAAAUUCAUUCAUGUUUUAAAAAGACAUAUAAAAGAACAUUAUAGCCAGGAAAACCUUAAUUCCUGUAAAGUUUGAUUUAUUUUAAAAGUAGCUAUUUUCAUUUAACCCUUCAUAAUUAGGCUGAAAUAGCUGAAUUACUACCUAAAGUUGAACUUUUAAACUAGGUAACAAUGUUCUUUUUCUUUCCUUAGACCAUUUUGGCUUCUACUGGAACAUUUAAUUAAAAGGUAGAGGGGGAAAUCAUUCUUUUAAUUUUGCUGUGAGUAAAACAAAGAGUUUAUUCUAUAAAGAAUGUGAAACAUGCAUGAAGAGACAGGCCUGGGGAGGAGCGCGAGAGAGUAACUUCAAAUAGCUGGCGUUGUUCAGCGCCCCUUUGGCCUCCAUUGUGCAAUAACUGAUGCACCCUAGGCAGCCGGCCCCUUCUUCCUGGGGCUCUGAAAGGCUGAUUGAACACCAGUUUUCAUUCUUGGGAUGGAAACACUGUACAAGCUUUUCCAGUACUGUCUUUGAAUGCUUGUGAUACUUAUUAGGGGCGUUUUCUAAGGUAGAGCCGACAGAUGCGCUUCACUGGAAACAGCUGCUGCAGUAUCAACAGCGCUGAUUGGCGAGAGCCACAGGGCACUGAGAGUGCCAGGUCGUGCGGCCAGGGAGCCGGCAGUGUGGAGCGAGGUGCCUUCCACAGGAAAUGCAGAGCUGUCUGCAGGGUGCUGGGACUGGGCUGACUGCGAAAGUUAGGGGAACUUUCAAUGCUAGUCAGUGUUACUCCUUACAGAUGUAAGAAUUUUUAUCUAAAUGUGGAAAAAUAUUGCUAUUAUUUUUUGUGAUGCUAGGGGUUGAACCAUAAGCCUUGAGCAUGCUAGGUGGGUAUUCUACCACUGAGCUACACUCCCAGCUCCAAAAAAAUAUUAAUGAUACCACUUUAAAAUACAUAAGCCAAAAGAUUUUUGCGAAGCCCAUGUACAUUUUAUUUAUAGAUGCAGUUUUUUGAGUGCCCAUUUUUAAAUCUCCAAUAUCUGAUUACAGUUAUGAAUUGCAUUGUAUUGUAUGUGGGAAUCUCAAUAUCUGAAUUUCCCCAAGGGACUUGCAAGGAUGUUGACAGUGGACACUAAGUUUACCUCAGGAAUCGCAAUCAUGUAAAUGCUGGAAUUUAUAAUGAUGGAUACUGAUACAAAAUCAUCACCGUAAAAGCUAGAAUCAUCACAUGUAGUCCAUGGUGCUUUUGUAUACAUGAUUCUGUUAAAUUGUUUGUGCCUAGAACAGCUUUUAUACUUUCAAUGUAUCACUUAAUAAAAACUUAUUAAGCAACUUA